AUUUGCAAGACAAUAAACACCACAUUUUUGUUUACAUGCUAUAACAUUUACAAUUUGUGUAAUAUAUUUUGACAUUGGAAUGAACUAAUUUAUGUUUUGAUUAGAAACCGAGUCAGGCUUGUUUUUUAAGGCUAAUUUUAAAUUGUCAAUGGUUCAUGAGAUUCUGUCAUUUCAAAUUGGCCAAUGUGGGAACUCGAUUGGUCUCCAGUUUUGGCAGAACAUGGGUCAGGAGCAUGGCCUCAAUGCUGCGGGAGAGCUGUGUAAAAAGGAUCUACUGCAUGCAGUCGACAACAAGGACCCAUUCUUCCAUCAGUACGAAUCAGGUCGAUACGUACCUCGCUGUAUAAUGCUGGAUCUAGAGCCUAGGGUUAUUCAAUCGAUCAAAAACUCUGAGUACAGUCAAUUAUUUGAGCAACGGAACAUGUUUGUUGGGGAAGAUGGAGGAGGAGCAGGAAACAAUUGGUCCAGUGGUUACAUGAGUGCCACCACGCAUGCGGACAGUCUUAUGGACCUGAUACGGCGAGAGACAGAGACAAUGGAUCUAAUGGAGGGUUCACUGAUUACCCAUGGCAUCUCUGGAGGCACUGGCUCUGGCAUGGGCUCUUUUAUUCUAGAACUUCUCACGGACUAUUUUCCUAAGAAAACUAUCCAAACCUACAGUGUAUUCCCUACCUCAGUAAACCAGGUCAAGAGGAGUGAAGAGGGUAUACUGGAAGGCCAGUAUGGAGAUAUAGUGAUUGAACCUUACAAUUCUCUACUGACUCUGCUGAGAUUGACAAGUUACGUUGACAGUGUGGUCAUCCUGGACAAUCUAGCCCUACAUAACCUCACAUCAGCAGCACUCUUUCUUCCGCACCCCUCAUUCGCCAACAUCAACAAGAUUGUGUCAGACGUCAUGACUGCCUCCCUUGCUCCAAUCAGGUAUCCGAGUACAAUGUUCAACUGUCUCAGUGACAUAGUAUUGAGUCUAACCCCAGUGCCUCAGCUACAUUUCCUCAUGACUGGAUACACUCCACUGCGUUCUUUUGACUCUCAGGCUCAAAUGAAGCAGAUUUUGAAAACUUCUGUUGAAUCGGUGAUGAAACGUCUUGGAAAGAUGAGAAACAUGAUGGUUUCAAUUUAUCACCCUCUUCAUUCUCGCCAUGGCUAUAUCUCAGUCUUCAAUGUUAUACAGAGCAAUGACCUAAGCGAGAGUGUGUGGGGAGUUAGGCAGACUGUGGAGCAGUUUCGGCAGCGAGCUCGCUAUCUGCCGUGGGCCGAGCCUAUAUACCAGACUGCACAUUGUCCUUGGUCUCCGUACCAGGUACAGCGUCACCGCAUCUCUGGUUUAACUAUGACCAACCACUCGUCUAUAGUCAGUUUCUUCAAGAGCACCCUUAGUCAGUUUGGGAAGCUCUAUUCGCGUUAUGGCGUACGUCAACCAGAUGCAGAAUGUUUCUGGGUUCCUACAGCUCCGAGAAGAGUUGGAGGAGUGUAAACUCUCCUGUGAAAACCUCAUAUCUGAGUAUGAAGCAGCUUUGGGUAGGCAGUACCCUAAACCAGUCUCAGAAGAAUAUAUAGGAGUUUGUUAGAACUUUGUUAUAAAAUGUUUCAUGAAAUUGAA